AUAUAAUGUAUAUUAUUAUUAUUGUUUUUUCUUGUUCCAUUUCAACCAAGGAUCAAAUGGUCUAGAUUGAAAAUACAGUAUAUGUGGGAGUAAGGUGUAUAAUUUUUUCGUACCAUCAAAUCUGUAGGGAAAAAAUAGUGGUUUAGAAACAUCAACAGCAACAAACUUCCAUAACAGCUCCCCAAGCCAUUUGCAUCUUCAACAAAAUACUACACAGCAAUAUCUCUCUCUUUCUUUCUCCCUCCUACCUACAUUGUUGAAACCUCUCUGACCAGUGGUCCUCAGGGCGGUGGACGGCGAAAAUGGAUCCCACGAUUCCGACACCAACCGCCUCCUCCACCGUCACCAACUCCGAUGUUAGCUCAUCAAUGCCGACUUUCUACGUCUUGGACAUCAGCCUGAUAUCCGCCCAAGAUUUAGCCCAUGUAUCCAAAUCAAUGCGCACGUAUGCAAUCACCUGGAUUCAUCCUUCCCGGAAAUUAACCUCCCGGGUUGAUCAACAAAGCCAUAAAAAUCCCCUGUGGAACGAUAGAUUUGCAUUCAGGGUGGAUUCAGACUUCCUGGAGUCGGAUCAGGCGGAGGUUACGGUUGAAAUUUACACGGUUUCCUGGUUCAGGGAUGUGCUUGUAGGCACGGUUAAGGUCCUGAUCAGCGACCUGAUUACCCCGUCAGCGAGAAAUGGUACCCGAUACGUUGCUCUUCAGGUUCGUCGGCCCUCAGGUAAUCCUCAGGGAAUACUCAACAUGGGUGUUUCCCUGAUGGAUGCCACCAACAGAAGCAUGCACCUUUUGGGAGAAAUUAAUCCGCUGAUUGUGGAUUAUCAAGACGAAUUGGCUAAGAAAAUGAAUAGGAAGGCAAGCCUGAAGGAUAAAUUAGGUGAUGAUGACAAUUUAUAUGAUGAUAUGGCUGAUGAAGUAAAUGAGAAAGUCCAUCUAUGGAGGGCUUAUAACGCUGGAAUUACUGAGUUUAAUGACAAAGAAGGAUCAAUGGUAAACGGUUCAUCAAUGUGCAAUGGUGAAGCAGGGAUGGGAUCAGAGUUAUGUUCCGAUGUUGGGCCAUCUGCCUCGGUUGUGGCUGCUGAAAUCGCACGGCAUUCGCUGCCACCCCUGGCGGAAAAAUCACAAACGGCGCAUCCUCCUUCCAAAGCCAAAGCUGAUCCUCAUAAAAAUAAUAAUGUGGAAGAUUUUGGCAGCUCGAUUGUGGAAGAAAUGACGGUAGAGGAAGCGACGGCUAAAGGGUUGAAAGCCAACUCGGGAAUAUUGAAAAAAGAAGUGUCGCUUCCACCUAAACAGGGCGGAAAAAUGGAUAGAAGCAAAUCGGACACAGGACAACAUUCGCGAAGGCAUUCGGAUGGAGGGCUGUUUUCUUGCUUUGGGAAUGCAUAUGGUUUCGAGUUCGGGAUUGUAUGUGGAGCAAGUAAUCAUGGUAACAAGCCAAAUAUUAGCAAGAGCAGCAGAUCUAGUUCCAAAAGGAGGAUUGUGGGCAGCGAGACAAAUUCAGCUUAGGCCAUUAAUAGGGCUAACAACACAAAUCAAGUAUAGUGUGUGUGUGUGUGUGUGUGAUUAAUUUAGUAGUGUUCAAAAUGUAAAGGAGAUUAAGAACAAGAAUAAAAAUGUUGCUCGUCUCAGAGAAAACAAAUCUCCAAUUUGUUGAAUGUGAGUUUCAGCCAGCGACUUUUUCUUCUAAUAGUAGUUCUGAUAUAUACCUUCAACUUCCUUCCAAAUUAAUUACUUAAAUGAUGACUUCUAUGUUCAUG